GCGGUCCCAAGAUGGCGUCGCAACAAAACGCAUUUGAAACGUUUUCCUGAGUAAAAAGGACUAGAAAACGCGGCCAUGGAUGCCUCUGGUGGUCGCCGCCUUGCACUGUCAUCAGAAUGGUGAGACUCUCGCGUUCUGUCCAGUUACAUCGCAGGAACGACAAGUGUUUGAGGCGUUUCAGGGGGAUAAAUGAACGUGUUUUUUUCGGCCUCGCGUGAUGAAGAGUGUUGGCCAUUUAUGCAAGACCUGUGGAGAAGGGCGAGUGCGUCCUUUCCAGUUUUCCGUGGACCAGGCGGUUGUGAGAUGCGACAAUGCAGACUGUGAUUCAUAUUUAGAGGUUCCGCCAUGGGACUGUGUAAUCAGGCAGACUAUUACCCCUUAUAAGAAGAGGCAGUCAGUCUUUUCAGGUAAUCAACAUUACAGGACCUGGAGUUGCAGUAGUAGUGGCGCCUUAUCAGACUUCCGAAGCCCAGUGGAAAGUCUUGGGGAGCCCUGUAACUCUAGGACAGAUAGAUCACACAAUCUUCUGCCUAGGGAAAACAAAUGUAGCAAAUCAAUCUCCACUGAUGCCAGCCAUACCCCAGAGACUGAGGAGGAAUAUUGGAACGCAGGCAGCUCUGAAACGUUUUUCAACCUCUUGCGUGACCUUGACUUGGAAUCUGCAUUGCCAAAGACAAGGAAUGAAGCCACAUCUGUACCACCUCAGGGAAAUAGCUGGGACCUGGAUGUUGUGACUGCCGAUCUAGAAUCAUGGAUGGAAACAUUUGACUGCAACACCAGUAUUAGCGAUGGUAAACCAAGUUGCAAAGAUAGUAGCCUUAGCAAAGAACCAGAGCAGACAUUAAUCAAUGAACAAGAGUCUUUUAAUUCACAAACUUUAUCUGAAAUUUUCUUUGAAAACCAAAGUGGUAACAGUGAUUUUGAUGGACAGAGCUCUAAGAUUUGUGUCAGUGAUACCAGUUCAAAUGAUAGAUCCAGUCAUGUUAAAGAGGAUAGGGCUUUGUGUGAUCAGCAGUUCAUGUCACCAGCAGCUUCUGCAGCAAGUGAUGAUAGUGGCUUUGAUGAUGAAGCAAACAAAAUAAAGAGUGUAGUUUUGCCUGCUGUGGAGAAAGAAAGCUUUGAGUAUUUGUUGAGAGAACAUCUAGAAAACCCUAAAGAUAAAGCAGUUAGAUCAAUUCCUAGUUCAAUGAGUUACAAUUUUGAGGAUCUUUGUAAAGAAAAUAAAGGUCCAGCCCCUCCUGAUGUGUUGAAUUUUAAUGUGCAUCCAGUAAUGGUCACUGUAGAAAAGUGUGGUAAUGUUGAUGAGGUUGAACCUCAGAGAGGAACGGACACUAGUAGUUCGGUAGUGAGAAGUCAAGACACAGAAAGUGACAAACCUUCCAGAGAUAUAACAACUGAAUUACAUGAGAAUUUGAACUGCUUUAAAGCCACUUCUGCAAAGGAUUGUGGUACCAGUGCAUCAGAUUCUGGCUUUAGUGAAAAAGAAUGUCAUGCUGUUCAGCCAGUUCCGGACAGCCUCAGUAGUAUAGUAGAGAUUAAAGUAGAAGCAAAUGCAGAUCAGCCUUCUAUACAUACUUUUGAGAGUGAAAAUGUAAGUAGUGAUAUAUCUAGUCAAAACAUAACUGUGUUAACUACUGAUGCUGUAGAAGAUGUGAGUGAGAAUUGUACUUCUGAGCUUACCACAGAUGGCCUUUCAACUAAUUUUGAUAAUAGUAAUGAACAGCACCAUGUUAGGGGUAAACGGAGCAGGGGGAAACACCGGGGUAGAGGCAGAGGGAGGAGAAGAGGUAGAUGUAGAGUCACUGACAGAAGCCAAGAGACCCAUAGAAGUGAUGAGACUGAGAGAGAACUAUGUGAGGAUAAAGGUGAAGAUAACAUUGCACUGAUGAGCAGCAGCAGUGAAGCAAGAGGUAAGGGAAAUCAUCGAGGUCAUGGAAGAGGUACAAGAAAACCAAAGGGAAUUCUCAAAGUUGUGCCCCGCCAAACACGUCAGCGCACAGGGACCAUUGAAGUGCAGGCACCAAGAACUAACAAAAGACAGUUGGACGAUAUUUCUUCAGACAACGUCAGCGGUACAGGUCUUCGCAGCGGUUUGUCAUCCUUACUUCAAGGAGCAAACCAGCACAUUUAUGAAGACCGAAGAAAGGAUUCUCAUAAGUCCUGUUGCUGAAGAUCCAUGGUCGGUACCUGAGUGGCAUCUGGAAGGCCUGGACAUUGAAGUCAUUGUUCAAGGUGUGCGUCCAAAGUCCCGUAAGAGUGAGCCCAGGGAGAGCCCAAACACAGAGGAUGGAAAAGGAACAGAGGACCGAGCUGCCAAAUCAGAUGAUGAUGAGAAGAAUGUUGAAGAGGAGACAGAUAUGGGAAAUGGAAAACCUUGUUCUAGUGGGCCAGCUAGCAGAACAGGUACAUUAGGUGAUGCUGAAGAGAGCCAGGUGCUGAGUGAGAAAUUGCAGGGAGUGAGUGUUCCUGAUGAUAGCAAAAAUGUUAUCCACAAAGGAGAUAGUGCAAUAGAAUUCGGAAAUCAGUCAGAAUACUCAAGUGAGGAAACACAAAGAACUGAAACAGCAAUGAAAAAUAACAAUAUAUCCUGUCCCAUGAAUUUAGCUAAUCAUUCUCUGAAGGGUAGUAUUGUUAAUGACAGUGUUGAAACAAAAGGUCCUGGGUCAUUAGGUGAAAAUGAUGAAUCCAAACAGGACAGCUGCCAGUCACACACUGCCAUAGAAUCAUCCAUAUCCAGCUCUCAGUGUGAAAAUCUAAAUGUAUGCACAUCAUUACAAAAACUUAAUCCAAAUUCCAUACCAGAAGUGAAUUUGAAUGUUUCUGAUGACCUUAAAAAGGAUCUUGAUUUUUUAAGUGUGCAAAAAGAAUGUAAAACACACAGUGAGAAAAAAAUAGAGAGCCAAGCAUCUGAUAUUAGUAAUAGAGUUCUGGUUGUGGAAACUUUGUUGAGCCAGAAUAGUGAAGUUAAAAGUGGUGCUAAUAAAGACAAUUCAGAUAUUCUCAGUAAUGAUAAGGAAGAAGGUUCCAGUAGUGUAUUUUUACAAAGUGAAACCCCUACUACAUCUGGUCAUGUUAGUAUUGAUACGAAUGAGUGUGUUAGAAAGGUAGAGUCCUGGAAUACAACAAAUUUUCCACCUAAAUUACAAGAUACAGUUAAGGAAAAGAAUGAGGAAGCUCCUGGCAUCACUGAAGCAACUUGUAAAAGGACUGAUACUUGUGAUAUCUAUGUCGCUGAUAAUGCUGAAAAUAAUGAUAGAAAAAUAGAUGCAUGCAGUGACAAAUUUGAAUACCUUGAAAAUCUUUUGAGAUCUUUUGAAUCAACUGUUCAAGGUUUAGGGGUAACAGAAAUAAAUGAAAGCAAGAAAUCUGAUGAAAAAGUUGAUUCUGAUUUCCCAAAGACCAAAGAACUCAGUAGCACAAUAUUCAUGGAAAAUUCUGUAGGUAGUACAAACAGCAAAUCUAAAUUGCAGUCACACGAAGCACAAGAAGUUCCUAAUAGUGAAAACUUAGAUUGUGGCGUUCCUGAACACCAAAAUACGAUGCAUGUAAAGGCAGUUGCAAGCCCAUUAAAUGAACUGGAGGAUGGUAAUAGAGUACUGCUAUGUGAAGGCAGUGAGAAACCCAAUUCAUCUCCUCCAUCUGUAGAGAACUCACCCAAUUCCAGUCCUCACUACUUCAUGGUAUUGCCAGACCAUGGAGAGGUCCGAACAUGGAUGGGGUUCAAGAAAGCAGUAGACUCUGAUGGCCAGUUACUUAAAAACGAUGCUGAAACAAACACAAAAGUAACAGAAAACAAUGAAGACCUAAAAAGCUCAUCCAAAGAGUUGCCUAGUACAUAUUUCAAUACCUUGUUAAAAGAUCUUAACUUUGAUGAAACCUUUUUCCAUUGUCCAGUGAAGGAACAACCUGAGAGUACAUUUGCUGAACAUCUUUCAAGUUCUCUCUUUUUUGGAGAAACUGCAGAUACUUCUCCUGUACAUCCUGUGCUGGGUACAUCUUGUCACAGCAAAAGACCAGGAGAUACUACUAACAAAUCAUGCAGUGAAAAGGAGUUUGAGAUGAACAGUAUAUCACGAGAUAAAAGUAAUGAUUCACAAAACAUUGCUGAAAUAAAGCAAAGUGUGACCUGUCUACUUGCAAAUAAUAAUGCUAUUACCAAGCAAAGUGUAUCUGAGACAGUGACAUUGGUCCCUCCAUUUACAGAUAAUGCUGCCACAAAGCAAAGUGUCUCUGAGACAAGGGCAGUGGUCCUUCCUUUUACCAAUAAUGUUAAUACCAAGCAGAGUGUGCCUAAAACAAUGGCUAUUUCCAUUUUAUGUAAAAACAAUGUUAACUGUAAGCAAAGUGUGUCUGAGACAUUGGCUGUGUCCCCUCUGUUAACAAGUAGUAAUCAUACAUCUUCAAAGAAGCCAAAUGUUAAUGAAGGUUGUUCCAAGCUGAUAAAUGAAGAUCUGUGUAUUUUUGAAGGAGGCAGGGAAGUAAAUAAAUCAAAAAUAAAAGGUGAUUUCAGUGAUGGAAUAGUUAUUGAGUUACCAUCCAAAUUAGAAUCAGAUAACAUUUUACUCAAUCCCAAUGCAAGAAGUUCAAACAAAAGUAAACUGUUUGACAUAGUACAACAUUCAAGUGCCUCUUCCCUGUCUGCAAACAGUAUGAAAGGAAGUACAUUUCCAGAAAAGCUUGGUGCCAUGGGGAACUGCAAACCAAAGGAAGUUAGCAAGAAAAGGAAGCUAUCUGAUAGUGAACUUGAGGAUACCAAGAGAUUUGUGAAGAGCACUAAACAUGCCAGUUUGGAGGGAGUGCAUUCCUCUGGGAAGAAGGAUUUUUUGACAGUUAUUAAAACAGGUCAGAGUGAGACUGUAGGGAAAGUAUGUCUUGAGAAUAACCUUGUUAUCAAUGUAAAGGAAGAGUGUAUAGAUGAUGAUGAUGAUGAGAUGCCCAUUGUCUCAUUAGAUGAUGAUGAUAUUCAAAUAAUUGUCCCAGAAAAGAAGUGCAAAGUGGAAAAAGAUAUUAGAUUACAGUGUGAUACAAUAAAGAAAGAAAAUGAAUUGGGAGACUUGUCUUCUGAUACUGAUUUAGAUUAUGCUGCUCAAAUUAAAGAGGCAGAGCAAAAGAUUAGAGAAGGAAAUUUACCCAUAAAAGGAAGUCGAUCUUCCAAUAACUGUGAUACGUUACAUGAAAAAAGAGAUUCUUACAGUAAACUAUUCAGUGAACCAGUAGAGGAUAACUUUCUCACUUGUGGUAUCCUAGAUAACUCCAUUCCACAUGACAAAAAGUGCUAUAGCCCGAGAAUGAAAGUGUUUGUAGACUUUGAAGAUAGCUUUGAAGGUGGAGAACCCCCCAGUUCACUGAAGGUGUAUUAUGGCACGAGGAAAAGAAAGUAUGAAAUUUGCAAAGAUUUGAACUUAGAUUUUGAUCUAAGUGAAAGUACACAUAUAGACUCAGAUGAACUCACUGCUAGUGUCUUAAGUCCAAGUCAUGUAUCACGCACAGAUACAUUCACUUACAAUCCUGGCUUUGGUUGCACAAAAUUUAGUCCACAGCAUGAUGAAACUGAUUCUGUUAAAGAUGAAAGAGUGUCAGACUUAGGAGUGCAAGAUUUUGAUGACUUCCCAAGUUUUCUGUCUGAUAGCUCAUCAGAAAAUCCUAUAUCACCUAGCGAUUCCAACUCAGUGGAGUAUUUUGAAAAUAUUAAAUCCACUGGGGAUGAAUGGGAAUCAUCGGGUGUAGAAGGUGGUAAUGGGGAUGAAUCCAGUCCCGAAAAUGCUGAUAGCAAAAGAGAUAUCAUGUAUCAAGCACAAUUAGGACCAAAAACAGAAACUUGUGAAAGUGGAUGGCCAGGAGAGAGUUCAGGUAGUUGUGAAUUUCAUAUACAAAAUAAUCCUCAACUUGAAAGUAUUUCUAGUGAGUCAUCUUUGACCCAUUCAUUAAGUUCAAGACAGAUGAAUAGAACAUUUCCCAUACAUACUUUAACACAAGCUCCUGAAACAAAACAAGAAAAUAGGUGCGACAUUGACACACCAACAGAAAAGCAGCUAGAGAGAGAUGCCCGUGUCUUGAUACUGCCCAGAAAUAACUCUUGUAACAUUCCAAUAGUUCCUGCAGUACCUAUUAAGAAAGCAGUUAGCAGUUAUCUACCCAUUCCCAUGUUGAGCAUUUCAACCUCAUCCCCAGGUACUUCUCAGUAUCAAUCAUCAAACCCAAGUACUACCAGUGUUGCUCUUAAUCCAUUUACUCAUAGCAGGUUGGGUCAGAAAAUUUGCAAUAAAAGUACUGGACUGACACAAGUAGGCCAUGUUAAUCAGGCUCUAAGACCACCCUUACAUCAUACUCCUAUUCAGGCUCCAGGAAACUUGGUUGAUUCGGAACCAGGUACAUUACCAGCAUCUCAGGUAUUUGAUUGUACAAACAACAGCAGCAUUUUAGGCUCCUAUGUGCUUGGAAUGGCACCUAGAAAUCCAAACAUUGAUUACAAAAUACCACAGCAGUGUACAAGACCAAUCAUUGUUCCACCUGCAUUAGCCUCUUCCUACAAAAAUGAUUUCUUGCAAGAGAGAGAGAUAAGUGGGGCUCCAUACCAGGCUGUUUCAAAUAGGCAGCCAUCUGAGAGGAUCAUUGCUGUAACGAGACAGACUUCAGAUGGGCCAGUUACACGGUUGCUAAGAGUCAGCACCUUAGCUGAAAGAGGCAGUGAUGCCUUGCAAGAUAAGAGCAUUGUUGGUGAAAGAUCUGGCAGUGAAAUAAUAGAUGAAAAGCCAUCUGCUGCAAUACACUGUGACAGUGAAGAGAAAAAGGUGGAUCUUCUUCAAAAUAACAUGAUAAAAAAAGUAAAAAUGGGUUCAAAAGGAUCAUUUUAUCUAAGACCCUCUCCUGCACUGAUGAAUGCAAUAGCAGAAUUAAGAAGCAAAGGGAAUUUGCCUGCUGGAAAUAAGUCAAAGUUAGACCGAGCGGAAUCUGAUGUCAUUGAAUUGCCUGAUGGUAGACCUAUAUCGCCCCCUAUUCACAUUCAGUCAAGAGUCUUGAAGAAGAAGAAGAAGAGAAGGAGGGGACAAAUGAACAUAAGAGAGCAUCAGAUAAGGAGACUGGCAAGGGAGAAGGUAGAAGAGACAGUGGAGAGAAGGAAAAUAGAAGAGGAUAUCCCAGAAAUGGUUGCUGUUUGCCUUGGAGGGAAGCUUCAUAUUUACCAUAGAAAAGAUGUUCACUGAAAAGGAAAUUUACUUGUGUGAAUAAUUUUGUUGUAUUUUAUUCUUUAUAGAAAAAAAAUCUAUUCACUUUAGAUAAGUUCAUUUACUGAUUUAUGAAGAGUAUAGUGAGGAGUGAUUAUUGUGAUUGACAUAAUGCAAGAACUUAUAAUUUUAUUUAGAGGUUAGUGAACAGAAUUUUUAAUAAAAUGAAAACACUCA